AUGACCUCUUCGCCUUCCUCACUUCCUUCUCGUUCUGGGAUCGUUGUUGGACUCAACAAGGGACAUGUCACAGCUCGAAAGGCCCUUCCUCCAAAACCAUCCAACCGCAAAGGACACCUUGGAACUCGCGUAAAGUUUGUCCGCUCUCUUAUCAGGGAGGUCGUCGGAUUUGCUCCAUAUGAGAAGCGUAUUAUGGAGUUGCUAAAAAACAACAAAGACAAGCGUGCACGGAAGCUCGCAAAAGCCCGUUUGGGAACUUAUAUCCGUGGAAAGAAAAAGGUCGAGGAGCUUUCUAAUGUCAUUAUCGAGUCUCGUCGUAUGCUCCAUUAA